AAUCAUAUCUUCCCAAGCUUCAUAGGAAAUCCAAUCACACCACAAAGAAUGAAGGCCCGCAUGGUAAUUUUGGAAGAUUCUACCUCUGUCGCCUGAAAUUCCGCCGUUGGUGUCCUUUGUUGCAGAGGCCUGGCAACUAAUUCCGUGGCACAAUCCGUAAUUGAUGUCCAUUUCCAGGGCUUAUCUCCUAACCCUCUUCGUCCCCAUUUUCACCGCCGCUUCUUUCCCCUUUUCUCUCUUUUGACCCAUCGUGGAAAUCCCGUUCUCUUCCCAAAUUUAGGUCUCUCUCUGCCCACGUUAUUUUCUUCUAUGUUUCACACUGAAGAACCAGGAAAAUUAAAUUAUUAUUAUGUCUGACAUUCUGUUUUGUUAAUUUAAUAGUUAUUAAUCAUCUUCUGUUGAAUUUUUUUAUUGGCUUUCUUUUUAAUGUUUUCGCUUUCUUUCUCUUUUUUCUUUUCUGGGAUUUUUGUUAUCUUGUUUCUAAGUUGAAAAAGUUUUGAGCUUUUGAAUUCUGGGACACUUUAAAGAUUGUUCAUUGUUCAUGCUGGUGUAAGAUUUUAAUCUCUUUGUUUUUGGGUUUUUUUUCCUUCUUGGUUUUUUUUUUCGGGGGCAGUUUUAGCACUUCUUGUUUUUUUUUGGAUCCUUUUGUACCAUUUUAUUAUUGCUGUUAGUGUAAUGAAAAAUGCCCAGUUCAAAUAUACAACCAUCAAUGUAUCCUCCAGAACCAAUGAAUACACGGACCCAGUUGGAAGAAGAAGAUGAAGAUAUAGCUGGUGGUGGGGAGGAAUCCAUAGACAACCCUAAUAUCCAUUAUGAAAACGGGACUGGAACCGGAGGUGGUGUAGAUGAUGUUCCCCCUAGCGCCAUUCAUGUUACUGCUGGACCAGAUUAUCCUUUGGUCGCUGGAAAUGGUGGCGAUGCUGACCAGCUCACCCUAUCUUUUCAGGGUGAGGUAUAUGUGUUUGAUGCUGUUUCCCCAGAUAAGGUGCAGGCAGUGCUGUUACUUCUAGGUGGAUAUGAAAUCCCUUCUGGCAUUCCUGCCCCAGUGCCUCUUAACCUGAGGGGUCCAAGUGACUUGUCUGGAAGGUCAAUUCAGCCUCAGAGAGCUGCUUCUUUACGUAGGUUCAGGGAAAAGAGAAAGGAGCGCUGUUUUGAUAAGAAAAUCCGUUACAGUGUUCGAAAAGAAGUUGCACUUAGGAUGCAGCGUAAGAAGGGCCAAUUUACUUCAUCCAAGGCUAGUUCUGAUGAAGCAGGCUUAGCUUCUUCUGGAUGGAGUGCAACACAGGGUUCUGGACAAGAUGACAGCAUUGUAGAAACUUUAUGUACUCAUUGUGGAACCAGCUCAAACUCAACUCCAAUGAUGCGUCGUGGACCAGCUGGUCCAAGAACCCUUUGUAAUGCAUGUGGUCUCAAGUGGGCUAACAAGGGAAUCUUGAGAGACCUUUCCAAGGCCUCAAGCAUGAGGAUUAAAGGUCCCCCUGCAAAGCCAACUGAACAGGGUGAAGGUGAAGCUAACGGGCUGGAUAUUGUAACCAUGGCAGCAGAUAUAGUCUCAUCUUCUAAUGGCGAUAAUUCAACAGUGACUGCUGAGACAUGAAUCGAGAGUUGCAGGGAUUGAGCUUCGAAGUCAGAGAGCAUGUGGUUCACAUCCCAGAUUAAUGUUGGCGUUUGAAAAUGUAAGUUGGAUAGAUAGAUAGAUAAACAGGUAGAGAUUGGUUGCCAUGCAGAAAUCGACAUUCAGACAUUAGAAAACAGAUUCACAGCCUCUGUAAUAGCUUUGUGCUGUGCUUCAACCAACUGUAAAUGUAAUUAGGAGCCUCCAGUCUUGUCAUUUAUACAUAUGUAAAACGUUUAGAAACAUUUGUGCAAUAAGCUUCAAAUAGAAGAUCAAUCUGUAAAUGUGAUGUAUUUUUUUUUU